CCAGCAGAAAACUAAUGGAGGACAAAGAGCCCAGCAGAAAACUAAUGGAGGACAAAGAACCCAGCAGAAAACUAAUGGAGGACAAAGAGCCCAGCAGAAAACUAAUGGAGGACAAAGAGCCCAGCAGAAAACUAAUGGAGGACAAAGAGCCCAGCAGAAAACUAAUGGAGGACAAAGAGCCCAGCAGAAAACUAAUGGAGGACAAAGAGCCCAGCAGAAAACUAAUGGAGGACAAAGAGCCCAGCAGAAAACUAAUGGAGGACAAAGAGCCCAGCAGAAAACUAAUGGAGGACAAAGAACCCAGCAGAAAACUAAUGGAGGACAAAGAGCCCAGCAGAAAAAAGACAACGAAUAAACAGUCUGUUCCUCUGGAAAGUGCUAGGAGAGCAAAAAAGCAUCAAUGGUCUCCCAUGGAGGUUGCCGCGGUCAUGAGACAUUUUGACGAACACAUCAAAAAAGGAAAACUGGCCACUAUGAUUGAAUGCCAGCAAUGCAAGGAGGCAGAAGAUCCUGCUCUGGCUGGUCGCUCUAUUCUAAACAUAAGAGACUUCGUAAGAAAUCGUGGUGUGACUUUGAAAAGAAAAAAAUAAUCCUAGCUAUAAUAUGGAAAUGUGAUGAAUUGUCCACCAGUGAUGUCAUCUCCACACAGUCCAUUUAGUUCUAAUUUGGUUUAGUUUGCCUGUUAAGUUAUGUUUCCCAUGUUCCUUUUUUGUCCUUUUCCAGCCACUAAUCAGUUACCAUGGAACAUUCAUUUACUAAAAAAACAGUUAUUAGUCGUGAAGUUCAUCAUUAUA